CACACAGCUAACUAAAUGGAAGGUCGAGAUCCAGACCCAAACAAUACAGCUGGAAUCUGUGCUCUCAAUGCUUUAUUAUCUUUCUUUUCCUUUUCCUCAAGUUACUUAGAGCACCUGGUACUCCUACAGUUCUUGGAAGUGAAUACCUCAGAAAGGAGCGCCAAGACAACUGAGCCCAUCUUAGGAAUCAUUAACCAAUGGCAACAGGAAUCCAAGGAUAAAGUGAUUUCCCUCCUGUUGACUCACCUGCCUUUGCUGAAGCCAGGAAACCUCGACGCAAAAGUAGAGUAUAUGAAACUGCUGCCCCAAAUCCUGGCGCACUCCAUUGAACACAACCAGCACAUCGAGGAGAGCAGGCAGCUGCUGUCCUACGCUUUGAUCCAUCCGGCCACUUCGUUGGAAGACCGCAGUGCUUUGGCCAUGUGGCUGAACCACUUGGAGGACCGCACGUCGACCAGCUUUGGCGGCCAGAACCGAGGCCGCUCGGACUCUGUGGAUUAUGGGCAGACGUACUACUAUCACCAAAGACAGAACUCCGACGACAAGCUUAAUGGGUGGCAGAACUCUCGGGAUUCUGGGAUUUGCAUCAACGCCUCCAACUGGCAGGACAAAAGCCUGGGGUGUGAGAAUGGCCACGUGCCCCUCUACUCCUCUUCAUCCGUCCCCACAACAAUCAAUACGAUUGGAACCAGCACAAGUACAAUUCUCUCAGGCCAGGCACACCACAGCCCUUUGAAACGAUCUGUGUCCCUUACCCCACCCAUGAAUGUGCCAAACCAGCCUCUAGGACAUGGAUGGAUGUCUCAUGAGGACUUACGAGCUAGAGGACCCCAGUGCCUCCCAUCCGAUCAUGCCCCCCUGUCACCACAAAGCAGUGUAGCCUCUUCAGGAAGUGGUGGGAGUGAACACUUAGAAGAUCAGACCACUGCUCGUAACACAUUCCAAGAAGAAGGUAGUGGUAUGAAAGAUGUUCCAGCCUGGUUAAAAAGCCUCCGUCUGCACAAGUAUGCUGCGCUCUUCUCCCAGAUGACCUACGAGGAGAUGAUGGCCCUCACUGAGUGCCAGCUGGAGGCCCAGAAUGUUACCAAAGGUGCAAGACACAAAAUUGUCAUCAGUAUUCAGAAGCUCAAAGAGAGACAAAACCUCCUGAAGUCUUUGGAAAGGGACAUCAUCGAGGGGGGCAACCUGCGCAUCCCCCUCCAGGAGCUGCACCAAAUGAUCCUGACUCCCAUCAAGGCCUACAGCUCCCCGAGCGCCACCCCUGAGGCUCGCCGCCGGGAGUCCCAGGCCUCACACCCGCCUUCGCUGAUGGGCCCGGAGAGCCAGAGCCCUGACUGCAAAGACAGCGCCGUGGCCGCCGGAGCCACGGCCACUGCCUCGGCUGGGGCCAGUGGCGGGCUCCAACCGCACCAGCUGAGCAGCUGUGACGGGGAGCUGGCUGUCACCCCCCUGCCAGAGGGGGAUCUCCCUGGGCAGUUCACACGUGUCAUGGGGAAAGUGUGCACACAGCUCUUGGUCUCCAGACCCGACGAGGAGAAUAUAAGUUCCUAUUUACAGCUCAUAGACAAGUGUCUAAUCCAUGAGGCAUUUACAGAGACACAGAAAAAACGAUUGUUGUCAUGGAAACAGCAGGUGCAGAAGCUCUUUCGGUCUUUCCCUCGGAAAACCCUUCUAGACAUAUCGGGAUAUCGACAGCAAAGAAACCGCGGCUUCGGGCAGUCCAACUCCCUCCCGACGGCUGGCUCUGUGGGCGGUGGCCUGGGCAGACGGAACCCACGCCAGUACCAGAUCCCCUCCCGGAACGUCCCUUCCGCCCGCCUUGGCCUCCUGGGCACCAGCGGAUUCGUCAGCUCCACCCAGCGCAACACCGCAGCCAACCCCACCAUCAUGAAACAAGGAAGACAGAACCUCUGGUUCGCCAACCCUGGGGGCAGCAAUAGCAUGCCAAGCCGCACCCACAGCUCAGUCCAAAGGACCCGCUCGCUACCUGUGCACACUUCACCACAGAAUAUGCUGAUGUUCCAGCAGCCAGGUAGGGCCCGGCCCUCCAUCCCUCACUCUCCUCUCGGGGAGGCCAGGUCGCCAGAAUAGAUGCCCCAGUGAACCCAGGCAGAAAGUGCUUAGCCUCAACUGUCACCGUGCAUUCUUUUGAGCUUAUA